GAUGAUGCAUCCCAACCCAGGUAUCUUUCUAAUCAUAUCUAAGAGAUUUUGUAUUUGGACUUGCAUUUUACGACUAAUUUUUUUAGGUUACAUGUUUGACAAAUUAUUUUAAUGAUGAAUUCUAUCUAUGAAGUGUAUCCCCCCAGACCCAAUGCCGGCGCCAUGCAACCGCCGGGAGGCGGCGGCCAGCUGGCCGGCAAGGCCGGUCAGAAGUACCUAUUUGUUAAAUUUAAGAUGGGCAAGCAUUUCCCUGCAGCCGAGGAGGAGGAUCUUCUUCCUGCUCCGGUUGUGGUAAAGAAGGGGCAGUUUACAGGGAAGAGUGGGCUGAGCAGCAAGGACAAGGAGGUAGUGAUCGCUUUUCCCUUCCCGGCGGCGGCACGGCCGGCCGUGCCGCCGGAGGCGAUCGAAAUCUCGAUCACCAAAAAGGACAAAACCGCGGUCGGUAAGCUGAAACUAGAACACAGCGACGGGUGGUACGAGGAGAGCGAGACAGAGGCCGCACUGUCCCCGUACCCCUUCGCCGCCGACACAGACCAGAAGCAGAGGCUGUGGCUUGGUGUUUGGUCGGGGAGCAAAACCCACCCCGAUUUCAGGGGAGCGGUCUUGGCAACCCUUCCGGCGGCGGCGGCGGGUCAUUCCGCCGCCGUCGACACCAAGAAACACCCCUCUCUUUCACCCAAAGACCAUGUUCACCCCAUGUUGGCAUACUACCGAAUCUCCCUUUACCCUUUUGUCACAAAGGACCCAGAGAAAAUGAACCAAAAGUACAUGCAUUUCCACUUGGAGGCGACCGUAGCAAACCAAGCGGUUCGUACAUUGUCCUCCCCUGAUCAUCUUCCUAUUCUCCUCAAUGAUCAAGACCUUAAUAAGCCAAACUCCAAUGAUCGAGACCCUAAUAAGCCAAACCCCAAUGACAUCUCCACCUUCUUGUUCGUCAAGGUCUACGGCACCCCACCGGAUUCCGUCAAACUUGUCCUCAAACUAAUGGCUUUUACCCGUAAUUCCCCGGGAGACGGGAAGAAAACCGAGCUGAAAGUGGUUGGGACCGCCGAAAAACGGCUGAACACGGUGGGCCCGGACAAGUUCGAGAUGGUCAAGGUGAUGUCACGCGGAGACGACGACGAGGAUCAAAAGGAUACCGGGGUUACGGUUGGGGUCCUGAAGAGCAUGGACCUCACCGGCUACCACGUGUUCGACGAGCCGCCGGAUCGGUGCUCCAACUUGCAUGCGACGGGGGUGUCGGAGAGUGAGCUCGCGGCGAAGAGGAUAGGGUCGCUGGCUGUGACGAUCGUGAGCGCGAGCGGCGUGGUGGCCGCUGGGAAGAAGGGGGCGGACACAUACUGCGUGGCGAGGUACGACUGCUCCUGGCGCCGGACGGCGACGGUCGCCAACAACCCCGCCUCGCAGUUCCAGUUCGUGUGGAACGUGUACGAGACUAACACCGUUUUCACCGUCGGCCUCUUCGAAAACUGCCAGAUCUCCGCCGCCGCCGCUGCCGCCGCCGGAGAUGACAAGAAGAAGGAGCCGGCGGAGGACAAAAUCAUCGGGAGGGUUAGGAUUCCCGUCUCCUCCCUCUCGAAUAACAAGACUUACAAUUUUGAAUUCGUCUUCCGUGUCAGGCAACCCGACGGCAGCCUCAAGGAAAUGGGAAAGCUUAAACUGGAGUACAGAUUCACCGGGAGGUUACUGCAGUCGGUGCUGCAAUACUUCCGGCCGCCUCUUCCGCGGCUACACUACACAGAGCCAAUACCGGAGUUGGACGUCGACAGGCUCCGCCCCUUCGCGGCGGGGCUGGUGGCGGACGAGUUGGCAAAGGAGAGUCCGCCGCUCAUGAAGAAGGUGGUGGAGUCCAUGUACGGGGCGGCCGACGAGGACCGGCGGCGGCGGAGAAGCGACGAGGCCGAUCGGGAGGGCCUUUGGCGGUUGGGGAACAGGGCCUACUCGGCGGUGGAGGACGCCGUUUCGUGGCGGAACCCUAUGGAAACGUCGUGGGUUCUAUGUUUCCUUAUAUAUGCAAUCGCAUUUCCGGAGUUCGUUCUGCCCACCGUUUUUGUCAUCUUGGCCGGCAUACCCCUGAAAUCAUACUUCAACCGCCCCAUACCAAUACCGGGAUGCGAAGUCGACGUCAUCAUGGAGAGAGCCGAACCCGACCAGACGACGAGUGCGAGGUACGAGGCACUAAGGAAGAAGGCAUUGGAGUACGAGACGUUGUUGGACAAGUGCGCAACGAAAGCGGAGGGCCUGACGGCGCUCCUGAGCUGGCGCAACCCUGUGGCCACCGCCGCCACUAUGGCCUUCUUGGCCGCGGCGGCGUUCCUCCUCUUUUUUGUGUCCUUCCAAACCGCCGCCACCGUUUUUGUGCUCUGUGUCUUCUUGUAUCCCUUAUUUGCUCCUCCGCAAGGCCAGCAGGGAGGCAUCCCGCUCCUCAACUUCCUCCACCGCGUUCCCGGCCUCAAUGACAAUGAUAAAACCGUCAUAGAUGCCGAAGGAACAUUUCCAAGCCAGAACACGACAAAGGUGCAGCCUCCUACGCAAGAUGACAAGGCAGAGCCAGUCAGGGAGGCCGAGCCUGCCCGCACCCAACGCUCCCGGUCAAACCGGCGGGAGCCCGCCAGGACGAGGGCCUCUCACCAGGAAGAGGAAGCAGAAAGCCAGCCUAGGGUACCGGUGGCUGACCGGUUAACUAUCCCCAACGACCGCGUCCAGCAGAUGGAGGCAAAGUUGGAGAGGCUGGAAAAGAAAGUCGGGGAGAAGAGUGACCGGGACAAACCUCUCGCGGGCUCCCCGUUCACCGCAAGGGUCCAUCUGACACCUUUCCCGCGAAAGGUUAAGAUAGACGCCCCAAGGUUCACCGGUAAGGAGGACCCAGAAAUCCACCUGGACUCCUUCAAUCAGAGUGCAACCAUGAACGGUUGCACAGAUGAAGAAAAGUGCCUCCUUUUCUUCCAGACCUUGCGGAAUCGAGCCACUGAAUGGUUCAACAAACUUCGCCCGGGAAGUAUUGACUCGUUCAGUGACUUGGCCUCAAAAUUCAAGGCCAAGUUCCAAGAGAACUGUACUAAGAGGAAGAAGUUCAUCUAUCUUAGUACGGCCGGGCAGAUGGAAUCUGAGAACCUCACCCAAUUCCUUACCCGGUGGAAGGAAGAGGUAGACAAGGUGGAAGAGAUGGAUGACAAAACCGUGUUGUCCCUUCUUUUGAAUGGCUUACGUGCCGGGGAGCUAUACAAGAAGUUCUGCCGAAAACCCCCGGCCACGUAUCAGGAGGCCUACCACACUGCAUGGGAGUUUGCUGAGGCUGAAACUCAACUUCGGGCGAAGAAAGAAGCUGAGCAUGGUUAUAAGCCCAAGCCGGUGCAAGUCAAGAAGGAAGAGGCGCCGGGAUCCAACCGGCCAAGACACCACUAUGACCCGGUCGUCCGCGUGGUCAACACAGAAGAGUGCCAGGAGAUAAGGAAAGCACCGGCUACCUACCCGGUCAUUCCUCCGGAAAAUACCACCGGGCAAACUGGGCGCCAGUGGUCGGGCACCUAUUGCUCAUACCACCGGUCAGAUUCCCAUAACACCUCAGAAUGCAAGAGUGUUAAGGGAGUAAUCCGGCAGAUGAUAGAUAGCGGGGAACUGGGCAAAGAUUAUCUACAGAAAGCCCAAGAGAAGAACCACCAAUGGGUUAGGCCGGCAACCCAGGAGAACGACCGGGACAAUGACCGGCGGAGGACCAACCGGCCGAGGGAACAACCUCCCCCUGACAAAGAGCAUAUUGGAAUGAUCUUCGGCGGACCCGAAGGGGGAGAUUCAGCCGCGCAGCGGAAAAACUGGGUCCGCAGCAUUUACGUGGGUGAAGUAAGUGCUGAACCGGCCAGGCGCAAGUAUCCCAGGAGGGAGCCAAUAGUCUUCACUGACCGGGACCUCCCUCCUACCGGUGAAGAUCACAAUGAUCCAUUGGUCAUCACCAUGGACAUCAAUGGGGUGGACGUCGCCCGGGUACUUGUUGACACCGGCAGUAGUUUCACGGGAGAUACAGUUGAAGCUGAGGGAUCCAUAGUUCUACCGGUCGAACUAGGAUCAGGCGAAAAGACCGUGUGGAAAAGGAUGUGGUUCAUUGUUGUGGACAUCAAGUGCGUCCACAACGCAACCCUUGGAAGGCCAGGCAUCAACAAAGUCGGGGGUGUGAUUUCCAUGCCCCACCUGUGCAUGAAGUUCCACACACCAGGCGGUGUGGGUGAAGCGAGGGGCGACCAAAGGAACGCCAGGGAGUGCUAUGCCCGGGCAGUCAAGAAAAUGACCAAGGGGGUCAACGUCAUCUCCCAAGAAAUCACCAGGGGAGAGACCCGGGAGAAGCUGGAGCCUGAAGCGGAAACGGUGGAGAUCGAACUCCACCCUGGUGAUUCAUCAAGGAUGGUCAGAAUUGGAGCAAACCUCCCAGAAGAUCUCAAGGCAGAGAUUACACGGGUGCUCCAAGAGUACGCGGGCAUAUUUGCAUGGAGCGUUGCAGAUAUGCCCGGAAUUGACCGCUCAAUCAUCUGCCACCGGCUGGCUGUAAGAGAUGGAAGUCGACCGGUACGCCAGAAGAAAAGAUACCUGGCCAGUGACCGGCGAGACUUCGUCAAGAAGGAGAACUCGGGGGCAACCUACCAGCGCAUGGUGAACAAGCUCUUCAAGCCGCUGCUGGGGAAGACCAUGGAGGCGUACGUCGACGACAUGCUGAUCAAAAGCCAAGUAUCCCUCAGUCACCCGGCUGAUAUGCGUGCCACAUUUGAUAUCAUGGCAAGAUACAACCUCCGGUUGAAUCCUAAGAAAUGUGUCUUCGCGGUUCGCACCGGGAAGUUCCUGGGAUUCAUGGUGACCAAGAGAGGAAUAGAGCCCAACCCAGAAAAAAUACGGGCUAUCACUGAAAUGCAGGCCCCCACAUCUGUGAGGGAUGUCCAGAAGUUGACCGGUCGCCUAGCGGCACUCAGCCGGUUCCUUUCCCGGUCAGCUGAGAGGUCCUUGCCUUUCUUCAAAGUCCUGAAGAAGGCCAAUACGUUUGCAUGGGACGAGGAGUGCCAGAGGGCAUUCGAGGAGCUGAAAGAGUACCUAGUGUCAGAUAUUGUAUUGGCUAAACCCCAGCCGGGUGAAACUCUGUAUUUGUACCUGGGAAUUUCCCCAAAUGCUGUAAGCUCUGUUUUAAUAAGAGAUGAUGGGGCACAAAAGCCCAUUUAUUAUGUGAGCAAGGCACUGAACGGAGCAGAAAGUAGAUACACGGCGAUGGAAAAGACAGCUUACGCGCUUUUCAUCUCCGCAAAAAAGUUAACAUCCUACUUCCAAGCUCACCCGGUAGAAGUCUUGACUGACCAACCGCUGGGUGCAGUCUUGCGAAAUUCAACAUCCUCCGGGAGGAUGGUGAAAUGGGCGAUGAUGUUAACUCAAUUCAACAUUGAGUACCGGCCAAGGUCGGCAAUCAAGGGGCAGGCCCUUGCGGAUUUCCUGGUAGAAAUGACCGGUCUAACUCUAGACCCACCGGUCAACAAACCCACUGAGCAAUGGUGGGAGAUGGCGGUAGACGGGGCAUCUGGCCCUAGAGGAUAUGGGGGUGGGAUUGUGUUUACCACCCCAGAAGGGUUCAAGAUCUACCAUGCGAUCGUCUUCAACUUCAAGCUGACGAACAAUGAAGCAGAAUACGAAGCUCUGGCUGGAGGGCUCAGACUCGCCCAAGCCCUGAAGAUCGACCAGGUCAGUAUCAAAUCUGAUUCCAGUUUGAUCAUCGGGCAAGUGACCGGUAACAUGGAAGCUAGAGAAGGUCGAAUGGCGCAGUACAAGGACCUAAUACUUGCCUUGUUGAAAGGCUUCGACGAAUUCAAGAUAGCCCAAAUCCCCCGGGCGGAAAAUGCAGAUGUAGACCUUCUCUCAAAGUUGACGCAAUAUGCCCCCGAGCAUGUUUCGAAACUUGCCCGGGUAGAAAUUCUUGAUCAUGCAAGCAUUGAAAAAUUGGAAGUAGCCGCCAUAACAGGAGCAGACCAACCUGACCGGUCAAACUUUGUCGGAGCGGAUGACCACUGGAUGUAUGAUCUGAUGGAAUACCUGAUGGACGGAACCUUGCCGGAACAAGAUGACCGGGCAAGAAAAGUGAAGCUACGGGCACCCCGGUUCCAAGUCCUUGACGAAAAGCUGUACAAAAGAGCGUUCGGGGGACCCCUCCUGAGGUGCCUAACCAACCGGGAGGCUGAACGAGUCAUAGCAGAAGUCCAUGAAGGUGUAUGCGCAGCACACCAAAUGUCCCGCACCCUUUCACAGCGAAUCAUCCUGUUGGGGUAUUACUGGCCAACAAUUGUCCAAGACUGUGAGAGGUACGCUCAGAAGUGCAGAACCUGCCAGGUGUUCUACAAGUACCCCGGUAGGCCGGCGACCUACUAUCACCCCGUAUCAAAUGUCAUCCCAUUCGCCAGAUUUGGGGUUGAUAUCAUCGGAGCGUUCCCAAUUGCCCAGGGGGGGAAGAAAUUUGUAAUCGUGGCCAUCGAUUACUUCACCAAGUGGAUUGAAGCCGAAGCCUUGGCCAAUAUCACCACGCAGCAAUGAAAGAAGUUCAUUUGGAAGAACAUCAUCACCAGGUUUGGGGCUCCCAUGAACCUAAUUACCACAACGGCCCACAAUUCCGAAAUCCAAGAUUCACUGAAUACUUGGAGGGCUUUGGAAUCAAGCACAAUCGCUCCU